CCAGGCCAUGGCUAAGCCACCGUGGAAAAUGCAGAUUCAGCUUAGGCAGAAGGGCCUCCUUUGGCCCGAAAAGAAACGGAGAGGAUAACCCCUCAUUCCCAGCCUGUCCUCGACUUUUGUUCGCUACAAUUCCUUUUCCUAUCACCGUUGUCACGGAUCGGCACAAUGGAACUGUGUAAUUUACCAGGUAUAAGCUCCUGAGCAACCCUCAGGGCAAGCAAUCAGUCCCUUCCAGACCAACAGAGAUCACGUGUCGACAUCACAAGACACCUGAUUAUAACAGUCGAGGGGGUCGAAAGUGGGGGUUGGUCUGAGCCCAUCGGCGAUCCCGGUGGGACUUGAGACGGGGCUGGGUAGGGAGGUUGGACAAAAAGAUAGCGGGUUUGGAAGGAGGCGGGUUGCGGAACCUCUCAGCAGGUCCACCCCACCUGGGAGAGCAAUUUCCAAAAGGUACAUUGCACAUCUCUUGCAUCGCGGAUGCACGCGCCAGGCACAAACACCACUGCUGCCUAAACUGCUGCGACACCCUGGUGUGGUUUUUUUCCUCCCCUGUUGUUAAUAGACCGUCACCCAAUUUUGAACGACAUGCAGCCGGCAGGUUCCCCAACUUUCUUCGUUCCUGUCUUAAGGCGUCUCGGCUUGCGUGCACGGGCGUAAUAGUGUUGACCAUCCCGAGCACUCCGGCGUCGCGACCUAAAUGCCAUUAACCCCCAGCCCAUCCUCGGAUUCUCAGUGGCGGUGCUCGUUGCCUGCUUUGGAUGCCUCUGCGCGGUUCUGUCGGCAUUUUCGUGGAAGCAUGGAGCCCAAGCGAAGGUCGGGCACGAGUUGCAUACGGGCGACGUUUUUGGCCAAUAGUUUCGACAGCAUGCUACCUGCACAUUGGGUACAUCUAGUUGCCACGAAAUGUCGGCCUGGCGGCUGGGCAUAUGCGGCCCAUCCAACCAGCCAGCAAAUGCUCAGCCAUCGAGCCAUUUCCCCUCAUUUGCCCCCUUCUGCUUUUUCGCUCAUUCAUCCUCCAUAUCGCACUGGCACCAACCACCAAUACCGCAACGCCGGCACAAACCAGCACCAAAAGCACCAUCAUGGCCCUGUCCCUGCCGAGUGGACCUGCAAAGCAAAUGGAGACUGGAAAGGACAUGGAGCAACGGUUCAAAACGACAAUUGACAACCUGGUCGCGGAGUGGGACGAGAAACUGUCCAAGGACGAGGACUGGGCCGACAAGGACAGAAGCGCCAAGAUCAGAGAGAUCUUCGUGAGCGAGAUCUGGAGUCAAGUCAAGGGCGGUUACGACAAGAUGCUGCAAGACCUUAAGGCGCAUUUCAAGGCCCGUCUCGAAGCGAAGGACAUCGCUGCCGACUUGUCUGCGAGGGUCAAAGACGUUGGCUCGAUCAAGACCACCCUUGAGCGUCGGGAAAAGACCAAGCUUUUCGCAAGCAUCAACGACGUCUUCAUCGAGAUGCACGACCUUGUGGGGCUCCGGAUCGUGCCACACACUUCCGAAUCCCGAAAAGAAGUUCAGGACUUUAUCGACAAAGAGUUCCAUCAGCUGAAACCAACGGCGCACAUCUCGUCGGAUCGCAAGGUCGGCGAAUUCUGGGAUGCGCGCUUCGGAGCCUACAAGUCCAACAACCAUCGAAUCGGUGCCAAGCGCAGGAAAUUGGGGCAUGGGGAUUACUGUGAAAGUUUGUCAUCCUACGAGGGCGUCAUGUUCGAAGUCCAGGUGGCAUCCUUGGCCGACGUGCUCGGCAACAUCCUCGCGCACCCGCUCCAGUACAAGAAGAAGCACGGCCCGCUCGACAAGCGAACGGAACAAACGCUGGACCUUUUGAGGGGAACCUUUAAAUUCCUUGACGUGCACCUUGAGCAGUUUUUCGACGCGUACGAUACCAUGCUCGAGGAGAAGGCGAUCGAGGCCGAGUCUGGCUCGGGCUCAGGGCGAGUCAUGACCAAGGCAGCCAAAGCUGCUGCCUUAGGUGAUUUGGGCAAGAUGAGAGCAGAUGUGGCAGCGGCUGUCACGAAAGCUCUCGAGGAGCGUAUGCACCAUUUGGCGGACGGAGUACCAGAUACGCCUUCCGGUGCGCCUAAAUAUUGGCGUCAUAUAAAAGAGCUGAGCAGUCAGUUCAAGGAAUUCCAGCGCAAUAUCCAACAGCAACAAGACCGUCAAUACCUGGAAAAGCUUCCAGUGGCAAAAGACGCUGUAUUCGAUGCCCAGGCGAACGAACACGACCCUAGCUGCCACCCCGACACCCGCGUGGACCUUCUCGCCGACAUUCACAAAUGGAUCGAGGAUCCCAACGGAAAAUGCAUUUUCUGGCUGCGUGGCAUGGCCGGCACCGGCAAGUCGACCAUCUCUCGAACGGUGGCCAAAAAGCUUUCUACGGCAAAGGUGCCCAGUGCGAGCUUCUUCUUCAAAAAAGGCGAGGGCGACCGCGGCAGCGCGGCCAAAUUCUUCACCACCAUACUCGCCCAGCUCGUCCGCCAAGUGCCGAUCUUGGCAUUACAUGUCCAAAGCGUAAUCGAAAACGAUCCAGCCAUCGUCGACAAAAACAAGAAAGAGCAAUUCGAAAAGAUCAUCCUGGAGCCACUGAACAAGUGCAAGGUUGCUAGCUCCCCGCUGCUUGCUGUGGUGGUGGAUGCUCUUAACGAAUGUGAUCGAAAAGAGGAUGCGAAGGUUCUUGUAUAUCUUUUUUCGAGAGCUAGGGAGGUCGCGUUAUUCCGUCUCCGAUUCUUCGUUACCAGCAGACCCGAGUUGCCCAUCCGCCUUGGCUUUAAAGAAAUCGGCGACAACUACCAGAACCUGGCCCUCCAUGAGGUUCCUAAGCCUGACAUAAAAAGGGACAUUUCCACAUUUUUACACUCAGAAUUAGACCGCAUCCGUCAGGAUUUCAAUAAAACCGUACCAGGACCAGGUUUGCCAUCUGAUUGGCCCCCACCCGCCAGUUUUAAGGAUCUCGUCAACAUGGCUGUGCCGCUUUUCAUCUUCGCAUCGACGGCUUGCCGCUUCAUUGCCGAUAGCAACUUCGGCGACCCUGGGGAGCAGCUAGACAGAAUUCUCGAGUACAAAACAAAGGGAGGAUGGUUUCGACUGCACGCAACAUACCUGCCAAUUUUAAACCAGCUUCUUCUCAAGCGUACGGAUACAGGGUUGGAUAGACGUACAGGGGAAGAAGAAGCCCAAAUCGUUGCGUGGUUUCGCGAUAUCGUUGGAACCAUCGUACUACUUGCCGACCCUCUCCCCUCCGCAUCGCUGGCACUUAUCCUCGGCAGAACUCAGCACGACGUGAAUUCGAAGCUGUGCACAUUGCAUUCUGUCCUUGAUGUUUCAAAUGAUCCCCUGGUCCCUGUUAAACUGCUCCACCUGUCCUUUCAUGAUUUCCUCGUCGACCAAAAGAAUCGCGAUGCGAACACUUUUUGGAUUGACGAACGAGAAACCCACAAGAAGCUGGCAGACCGCUGCCUAAAACUGCUGUCAACCGACAACAACCUUAAGAGGGAUGUCUGCGAUUUGCGUUACCCCGGCACGCUCCGAUCCAAGAUCGAGCCAGGGAUCAUCAAUGACCACCUGCCACCCGAGGUCCAGUAUGCCUGUCGAUACUGGGUCCAUCACUGGAAGGAAAGCAGACGGCAGAUACGAGACGGGGAUCCCGUCCAUCACUUUCUGACCAACCAUCUCCUAUAUUGGCUCGAAGCAUUGAGCGUAAUAGGGAGGAUCAGAGAGAGCAUCGGCAUGCAAGAUAGCCUUAUAAAUAUGCUCGACGUAAGUACUUUUACCAUUUCUUUUACAAAUAAAUACUAACACAUCUUUAGCUAAAAAACAGUUUUUCAACUUCAACCCUUCUUCGUGACCUACGGCUGUUUCUGCAGAAUACUAGCGCUAUUGUCGAUGCAUCACCUCUCCAAAUCUACUACUCGGCCCUGGUGUUUGCACCAGAAAAAAGCAUAGUUCGGGAACUAUGGCGUAAAGAAUUUCCGAAUUGCAUUUCAUUACUGUCACCAGUGGAUUUGGAUUGGAAUGUGUACCAGACGCUCGAGGGGCACAGCAGCUGGGUCAGGUCUGUCGCGUUCUCACCCGACGGCCAGAGGCUCGCGUCGGGCUCUGACGACAAGACCGUCAAGCUCUGGGACGUGGCGACGGGCGCGUGCCUGCAAACGCUCAAGGGGCACAGCAGCGCGGUCAGCUCUUUCGCGUUCUCGCCCGACGGCCAGAGGCUCGCGUCGGGCUCUGACGACAAGACCGUCAAGCUUUGGGACGCGGCGACGGGUGCGUGCAUAACGACGCUCGAUGGGUCAACUUCCACUCUAUCAUUUGAUGACACAGGCUCGUACCUCCAAACAGAUUUUGGGACUAAAUUGCUACAAAAGCAACCAGCUGCUGGUCCAGCAGCGGUUCAAGCUCAUUUGCAGCACCAAGAUUUUGAGGGUAUUGGCAUCAGUGCUGAUAGAGCAUGGAUCACCUGGAAUGGAAAGCACUUUUUGUGGCUGCCUACUGAAUAUCGUGGGCAGUAUACAGCCGUAGCAGGAUUGACAAUAGCUUUAGGCUGUUCAUCCGGGCGGGUGUUGUUCUUCCAGUGGUCAGGAGCCACUUGAUAAAGUUUCCUUGCGUUCAAUCCUCUUUUUUCU